UGACACAUUUAUUUUGCCCUCCUAUGAAGAACACUGUUUAUUUGCAUAAACUUAUCUGAAGAUUACGAUUCUUUUGUUCAUCAAGUUGUACAUUCGCCUUGAUUUCAAUUACGAACUCGUAAUGAAUUUUAUCAACAAAUUUACAAUCAAACAUUUGCAUAUUUUGCAUAAUUCAAAAAUAGCAAUGAUGAAAGGUCAUAGCUUUUACUGCAAUUCUGCUCACAAUAUUUUGGGUGGUGUGAGAAUCAUUGAUAUGACACGAAUAAUAGCCGGACCCUUUUGUUCCAUGAUUUUGGGUGAUCUAGGUGCAGAAGUCAUUAAAAUUGAGAAGCCAGGCUCAGGUGAUGAAGCUAGGAAAUGGGGGCCACCUUUUAUCAACAAUACUACAGAAAGUUGCUAUUUUGUGGCGGUCAACAGAAAUAAAAAAAGUGUCUGUGUCGAUUUGAAAUCUGCUGAAGGAAAAGAAAUCAUUUAUGAUUUAGCGAAAUCUGCCGAUAUCCUUGUAGAAAAUUAUGUUCCAGGAACAUUAGACAAUUUGAAACUUGGUUAUAAUGAUUUGAAAAAUAUUGCCCCUCAACUCAUUUAUUGUUCCAUAAGUGGAUAUGGAUCUAAAGGGCCUUAUAUGAAACGACCAGGAUAUGAUGUUAUUGCCCAAUCUGUGGGGGGUCUCCUGAAUAUCACUGGACCCAUUGAUGGUGAGCCAGUAAAAGUUGGGGUUGCGGUUACUGAUUUAGCAACUGGGUUGUACGCACAAGGAGCCAUUUUAGCAGCUUUGAUUCACAGAACAAAAACAGGAAAAGGGCAAAAAAUUGAUUGUGAUCUUUUCUCCACACAAAUUGCAAGUCUGAUUAACAUAGGAUCAAAUUAUUUGAAUGGUGGUAAAGAAGCCCAAAGAUGGGGCACAGCACAUGAAAGUUUAGUACCAUACCAAAUGUUCAAAACUCUUGAUGGCUACUUAACAAUUGGAGCAGGAUCUGAUCUUCAGUUCCAAAAUCUUUGCAAAAAAAUUGGAAUGAAUGAUCUGAGUAGUGAUCCAAAAUAUAAAACAAAUGUUUUACGUGUUAAGCAUCGAGAUGAAUUACUGGAAAUUUUAGAGAAAGUAUUGUGUACAAAGACAAAUAAAGAAUGGAUGGAAAUAUUUGCUGGAAGUUCCUUUCCUUGUGGACCAGUGAAUACAUUGAGAGAUGUUUUUUCUGAUCCUCAUUUGAAAGCUAUAGAUUUGGUGCAAACUCUCAAUCAUCCUAAAACUGGCGAAAUUAAAGUUGUUGGGCCUCCAGUUAAAUACAGUGAUGGGCUUAAUGAAGUCAGAUCUCCUCCACCUCUGCUGGGCGAACAUACUGAAGAUGUUUUGAAAAAUUGUUUGAAUUAUGAUGAGGAAAAGAUUGAUUAUUUGAAAAGAAAAAACGUAAUUCAGUAAUGUUUUUUAUUCUACAGAAACAUCUGGGCAUCGUUCAUUAGGAGUAGGUAUUAAAAAAUGUAUGAAUAUAUUUAUUCCUGUUGAAAAAUUUAAAAAAAAGUACCUUCAGAAAAUUCUUAUUUUUUAUAUUAUGUAUCAUUUGUAGAGGAAAUAUGCAUCUGAAAUGCCGGGAAAAAAUAAUUCUAUUUCCA